GCCUUUGCAUACUUCUCUCCCUCGAUCUCAGUCCCUUCCCUCCCCCUUCCCUCCCCCCCUUUCUUUCCCUCUUCCCAGCUUCUCCAAAAAAGCUACAAUCGCCAGGGCUGCGGAACGGGGGCUGGAGGCGGCCGGCGGAGGGAGCGCAUCCCUGCGCGCCUCGAAACAUGAAAGAAUACAGGAAGUCCUGCAUGACCGUGAUGAAUACCUGUGCUAAUUAAGUAACUGGCUUGGUACUGGGAGAACAGCAAGAUAUCCACAUUUCUAGAAAGCAGAAAUGACCAUGACUGCCAACAAGAAUGCCAGUGUCAACAGCAGAGCUGGAGGGAGUAAAGUGCCCCAGGACACUCUGGAUAGGUGUCAGUCAGCCACUCCGCCACCUCUUUUGUCCCCCCGAAGAAGCCCUGCCUACCCCCUCAGUGAUAGUGAGGACUCUUCGCGCUCUACUCAGCUCACCAAAGUCUCCAGCUCCAGGCAGUGCCUCAAGGACUGGAACAGCCGCACGUCUACGCGCCAAAGCACCUCCACAAGCCCAUCGGACACAGACUCCUUGAGCCACCCUCUCAAAGCCGUCAGCGUGGGUGCUUUGGAUAAAAGGCCCUCCGUGUCCAAGGUUGACCAAAAGGAGAGUCCAAGUGAGGCUCAAGAUGGGGAAGCAAUAGGGAGCCAUCCACUUGCCCGGAGCACUCUGUCCUUGGGCACUGCCACCAACUCGAGGACCCUCUCCAUUAGCAGGGUGAGCAUCCGCUCCCAGGCGCUGGACAUCAGGCAGAAGAUCACAGAAUGGGAAUGCCGCCGGGAGCUGUCCCCCAGGACGAGUGUGUGUGUGGACAAGAGGGAUGCUGGGGAGAGGUCAGGCAGUGAGAGCUGCCCCAGUGUGCUGACCUCUCCCUGCAGCGACAAGACAUUUGAUUUCAAAGGGCUCAGAAGAAUGAGCCGAACGUUUUCCGAGUGUUCUUACCCGGAAACAGAGGAGGAGGAACUGCUGGACAGGGAUUCCUGCCAUCGGUUUGAAAAGAGACCAAGCAGGAGCGAGCCUCCUUCUGCCACUUUCCUUAAGGGCCAUGGGAGGAAAGAGUCCUCUGCUGUGCUCAACAGAAUACAGAAGAUUGAGCAGGCUCUGAAGGAGCAGUCGGGCAGAGGCCUCCCGCAGUUACCAAGUAGCUGCUACAGUAUUGACAAAGGGAAGAAAAAGACUGUGGAGGGACUGAGUGAAACCCUAAGUGAUAGCAAAGGAGGGAGUGUUAUUUUGGGGAGUGAACCAGAAACACCCCCUGAGGCUGAGAAAAGCAGUAAAACAAAACAGGGGGUUACUGCAAACUCAGCCAGCCCUAAACUGCUCCUCGAAAGCCCGGGCAACAGCGCGGUGAAUCCUGUCCCCAAGCCCAAACGCACCUUUGAAUAUGAAGCUGACAAAACCCACAAAAAUAAACCAAGCAAUGGCCUACCUCCGUCUCCUACACCUUCUGCUCCUCCUCCCCUCCCGUCCACUCCUGCACCUCCCGUGACCAGAAGGCAGAAGAAAGAGUCGCGCUUUCACAGAAAAUCCCAGAAUAGAAAAUCCUUUGAGUUUGAGGAUGCCUCAAGUCUGCAAUCCCUAUACCCUCCCUCCCCGACUGAAAAUGGGACUGAGAGCCAGCAUAAAUUUGGAUCCAAGAGCACUUUAGAAGAAAAUGCCUAUGAAGACAUUGUAGGCGAGUCACCCAAGGAAAACCCGUACGAGGAUGUGGAGCUGAAAGGCCGUCACGCGGGCCGAAAAUCCCAUCAGCUCUCUGAGAAUUCCCUAGAUUCUUUGCACAGGAUGUGGACGCCGCAGAACAGGAAAUACACAUCACCUCCCCAGCUGCCCUCGAAGCCCAGCAGUCAGUCUCUGCGCGUCGCCAACUGGUCAGAAAGGAAGAGCCACCGCUUGCCACGGCUGCCCAAGCGGCACAGCCACGAUGACAUGCUGCUGCUGGCUCAGCUUGGCAUCCCCUCCUCCCCUUCCAGCCUCAAUGAGGACAGCCUGAGCACUGCAAGCGAGCUGCUGUCUACACGGCGGGCCAGGAGGAUCCCAAAGCUUGUCCAAAGAAUCAAUUCCAUCUACAGUGCAAAAAGAGGAAAAAAAAGACUGAAGAAACUUUCUAUGUCCAACAUCGAGACAGCAUCCCUACGAGAUGAGAACAGCGAGAGUGAGAGUGACUCAGAUGACAGGUUUAAAGCUCAUACCCAGCGUCUUGUGCACAUCCAGUCAAUGCUGAAGAGGGCUCCAAGUUAUCGAACCCUGGAACUGGAGCUGAUUGAAUGGCAGGAACGGGAGUUAUUUGAGUAUUUUGUGGUAGUGUCACUGAAAAAGAAGCCCUCUAAAAACACUUACCUCCCAGAAGUGACAUAUCAGUUUCCCAAGCUGGAAAGACCGACCAAGCAGAUGCGUGAAGCAGAGGAGCGUCUCAAGGCCAUCCCUCAGUUCUGCUUCCCUGAUGCCAAGGACUGGCUCCCCGUCUCCGAGUACAACAGUGAGACCUUCUCUUUCAUGCUGACUGGGGAAGAUGGGAGCCGACGGUUUGGCUAUUGCAGGAGGCUGUUGCCGAGUGGAAAAGGCCCACGCCUACCUGAGGUUUAUUGCGUCAUCAGCCGGCUGGGGUGUUUUGACUUAUUUUCCAAGAUCCUGGAUGAGGUUGAAAGGAGAAGGGGAAUAUCUGCUGCCCUGGUUUAUCCAUUUAUGAGAAGUCUGAUGGAAUCGCCUUUUCCUGCACCUGGAAAGACAAUCAAAGUCAAAACUUUUCUGCCUGGAGCUGGAAACGAGGUCAUUGAGCUGCGGAGGCCCAUGGACUCACGUCUGGAACACGUGGACUUUGAGUGCCUUUUCAAGUGCCUCAGUGUUCGUCAGAUCAUCCGCAUCUUUGCUUCUCUCCUGCUGGAGCGGCGUGUGAUUUUUGUAGCAGAUAAGCUCAGCACCCUGUCGAGCUGCUCACAUGCCGUGGUGGCCCUUCUCUACCCCUUCUCCUGGCAGCACACCUUCAUUCCUGUUCUGCCCUCAUCCAUGAUUGACAUCGUGUGCUGCCCUACCCCCUUCCUGGUGGGACUGCUCUCCAGCUCUCUGCCCAAACUCAAGGACCUGCCUGUAGAGGAGGCUUUGAUGGUUAACCUGGGAUCUGAUCGAUUCAUCAGACAGAUGGAUGAUGAAGACACACUAUUACCUAGAAAAUUGCAAGCUGCUCUGGAGCAGGCUCUAGAGAGAAAGAAUGAACUGAUAAAUCAGGAUUCAGAUAGUGAUUCAGAUGACGAAUGUAACACCCUGAAUGGAUUAGUGUCUGAGGUUUUUAUCCGAUUCUUUGUGGAGACAGUUGGCCAUUAUUCCCUGUUCCUAACCCAGAAUGAAAAAGGAGAGCGUGCCUUCCAAAGGGAGGCUUUCCGUAAAUCUGUGGCCUCCAAGAGCAUCCGUCGCUUCUUGGAAGUUUUCAUGGAAUCCCAAAUGUUUACUGGCUUCAUCCAGGACAGGGAGCUGAGGAAAUGCAGGGCAAAAGGUCUCUUCGAGCAGAGGGUUGAACAGUAUUUGGAAGAGCUUCCAGACACGGAACAAAGUGGAGUAAACAAGUUCCUGCGAGGCCUUGGGAACAAAAUGAAGUUUCUUCACAAGAAGAACUAAUUCCUUUCUGCUGAAAUACCAACCCAAAGACUAUUUAUGACACUGCGUGAGACACCUGCGGCGUUCCAGAGUUCGGAGCAGGAGGAGAGCAGAAUGAGCUCUGAGUGAUGAGUGAUGCUGUUGACAGUGUGCCACGUGAUGGCUCCUUUAUGUAUUUGGAUAGAAUUUGUACAUAAUGUGCUGUAAGCUUUUUGUAACUGAUUUUGUAAUGAGCAAGAAAACUGUGGUAAAUAUUUGUAUAUUCCUGAGAAUAACAGGUGCUUUUUUUUGUUUCUUUAGUAUGAAUUGAGUUAUGCUUGGUGCAAAAAUGAAUAGCUGAUUUAUGUGCAGCUGACUGUCUCAGCAGAACCACUGACUUCAAGGGAUGUUUGUGAGAGAGCGACACUGAUGCCUGAAUACUGUGGGGUGAAUGAGCUCGGGUACGUGGGAGAGGUUGUACGAACGGGGGCCGCUUUUCACGCGGCACAGUUGCUUGUUUGGUUGGUUUUUCCCCUCUAAUUAAUUUUAAAGAAAUAACAAAGCAACUUGAUAAUAAGGUACUUGGUUCACAAUGCAAAACUUCCACUUGGUUUGAACUCUGGUCAGUAAACUCUUUGUAAUCCAUUCUGCACUAAGACUGCUACACCUGAGGAGAUCUCAGCUCUUUGACAUACAAGCUGCAGCGAGUAGGUACAGUACAUCCUUUCCUAAUGUAUGUAUGUAUGGUUUCUAAUAAACUCUGUAAAUAUCCCUGUUUGUUUAUAUUCUUUACAAACCUCUGCAGUUUCUGAUGUUGAGCAGGUACAAACCCAGUAACUUUCCUGUGAUUUUUUAAAUGAAUUUGUAAUUAAAAUGGUUAUUACGAACCUGUC